AUGGCCAAUCUCUCCACCAACAUCGCCGGACUCCAUUUGCCCAACCUUUUCUUCAAUGCCUCUGGUGUGUGCUGUCAACACGAGCACGAGCUCAAGCAGCUUUUGGAAAGUGACUCUGGCUCAUUGAUUACCAAGUCGGCCACAUACGAGAUGCGCGAGGGAAACCCUUCUCCGCGUUAUGUCCCCUUGCCUGCAAUUCAGAGCAGCAUCAACUCCAUGGGUCUUCCCAACGAAGGUUAUGAGUACUACCUCGCCUAUGCCAAGAAAUACGACUACAGCAACCCCAAACCUUUGUUUGUCUCUUUGUCUGGUCUAUCUGUUGCCGACAACAAGAAGAUGGUCGAGGGAUUCGUUGCUGCCAACCUUCCCUGCGUUCUCGAGAUCAACUUCUCCUGCCCAAAUGUUCCCGGAAAACCCCAGCUCGGUUACGAUAUGGAAGCCAUGGAGAGUGCAUUAAACGUAUUGGCACCCAUCAUCAAGAAGCCUUUUGGUAUCAAGCUCCCGCCCUACUUUGACAUUGCUCACUUUGACACCGCUGCUGCAAUCUUUAACAAGUUUGACAACCUUGCUUACCUGACCUGCAUCAACUCUGUCGGUAAUGGACUUGCUAUUGACUUUGAGACUGAGACUGCACUUAUCAAACCCAAGGAUGGUUUCGGUGGUCUUGGUGGCCUGAUGGUUCUCAACACUGCACUUGCAAAUGUCAAUGCCUUCUACCGUCGUUGCCCCAACAAAAAGAUCAUUGGUGUCGGUGGUGUUACUUCAGGAAAGGAAGCAUUUUUGCAUGUUCUUGCUGGUGCUAGCGCUGUCCAAAUCGGUACUCAGCUGAAAGAGGAGGGCCCCAAGCUCUUCAGCCGUGUGAAGAAGGAGUUGGAGGAUAUCAUGGUAGCCAAGGGUUAUAAGUCCCUAGAGGAUUUCCGUGGCAAGGUCAAGACUUUGUAAUAAAAGUAAUAACAAUAAUAACAACGGCAACAACAAAAAAGAAGAUAUAUAUUGUGUAUUGUACAAAGAACCAAAAAUAAAUAAAGUAUUAAGCAGAAGCAGAAG